AUGGCGGCCAUCAUGGUGGUUGCCAGUGCCCAGAACACCCGCUUGGUCCAGAGUCAGGGAGAGGGCCCGUGCAUUUUGUUGUACCCUUCGGGGGACAAUGACUUUGUCGCUGACGGCUCUGUGAGAUCCGCAUUGCUGGCUGUGACGGUCACUGAGGGUGGUUCGGACUUUGCAGAGGGGGGGGGAGGAGAUGACUGUGGCUCCGGAUGA